CCUUUUUACGCUUAGAAUACAAUUUCCACUGAAGUGAGGGAACUUUCAAGCCACCCAGAGUGUUCGUGUUGAAGCGUGGGGAGAUCAGAGAGAAACAUUCCAUAAUUACACGUUAGACGCGCCUAGGCACGCUCUCCUGAGAAAUUAGGAUACCAUGGCCAAUUACGGCGGCGAGGCCGCAAGUUACUACAACCAACAAGCGCCUCCUCCGCCCAACACGUACCACAUGCAACCUCAGCAGCCGCAGGGCUACUACAACGGCAGCAACCACCAUCAGGGCCAGGCCGGCGGCAGCUACGCGCCCCCUCCGUACCCUCCUACGCAGUCGGUUCCCAAGGGUCCGCCGCCGUCAUACGACGAGGUGUUUGCCAUCCCAAAACCCAAAUGGAACGACGUGUGGGCUGGUCUUCUCUUUCUCGCCACCUGCGCUGGAUUCGUGGUCGUGUCGGGCAUUUCUAUCCAGGGCUAUGCUGCGACCCGUCGUGAGAACUCUGGUGGGCUCAAUGGCCAGCUCAAUACGUUCGGCCUCACCACUCACACCAUCUACCUCUUUCUCUGGGUCCUGAUCACGGCUAUCGUGCUCAGCUAUGGCUACAUGUGGCUUGCCCGCAAGUUCACAAAGCAGUUUGUUUGGCUGACGGGCAUCCUCAACAUCGUCUUCGGCUUCGUGACGGCCAUCUACAUGCUCAGCCGGCGCUACUACUCGGGCGGCAUCGUCUUCCUGCUCUUCUCCAUCUUCAUGGUUAUUGCCUUUCUCAGCUGGCGCAAGCGCAUCCCCUUCAGCGUGCUCAUGCUGCAGACCGCCAUGGACGUGGCCAAGCGCCACGGCCACGUCUACCUGGUCAGCGCGGUCGGCGGCCUGCUGGGUGCUGCCUACGCCGCGUGGUACGCGGUCACCCUGGUCGCCGUCUACGUCAAGUACGAGCCGAGUCCCAACAACCCUGCCUGCCGCCAGGGCGCCGGCGGCUGCGGCUCGGGCAAGGUCGUCGGCCUGAUCGUCUUCAUCACCUUCGCGGCCUACUGGAUCUCCGAGUGGCUCAAGAAUACGAUCCACACGACCAUCGCGGGCGCGUACGGGUCCUGGUACUUCAAUUCGCGCAACUACCCGUCCAAGGUCACGCGCGGCGCGCUGCGGCGCUCGUUGACGUACAGCUUCGGCAGCAUCAGCCUGGGCAGCCUGGCGGUGGCCAUCAUCAACUUCCUGCGGCAGCUGGCCUCGGUCGCGCAGUCACAGGCUGCCUCGCAAGGCGACAUCCUGGCCACCAUCCUCUGGUGCGUCCUCGGCUGCCUGAUCACCAUCCUCGACUGGGCCGUCCAGUUUCUCAACCGUUACGCCUUUGCCCAUAUCGCCCUGUACGGCAAGGCGUACAUCCCCGCGGCCAAGGAUACCUGGAGAAUGAUCAAGGACCGCGGCAUCGACGCGCUCAUCAACGAGUGCCUGAUCGGGCCCGUCCUGGGCAUGGGCGCGACCUUUGUCGGCUACGCCUGCGCCCUGCUGGCGUACGUCUACAUAGUGUUCACGCACCCGGCCUACAACGCGGGCGGUGGCUUCACGCCCGUCGUCGUCGCCUUCGCCUUCCUGAUCGGCCUGCAGAUCUGCAACGUCUUCACCACCCCGAUCAGCAGCGGUAUUGACACCAUCUUUGUCGCCGCCGCCUGGGACCCGGAAGUCAUGAUCCGCGACCAUCCGGACCUGUACUACCGGAUGGUGCAGGUCUAUCCGCAUGUGCAACAGGCUAUUCAUGCCUGAGCACGGGAUGGGAGUGGCUGUGUGAGUGGGUGAGUCGGCAGGCUUGUCCAACCCGAAGAGACGAGGGCCGGCAUGUCAAGAGGCUUGUCGACGGGUAAUUACGUCUCUGGACUUGGAGUAUCAUCAAUAUGAAUCGGCUAUCGUACAACGCCGCCAAACACCAACGUUAUCGCCACUCCAGCUGA